CCUUUUCCACUCUAAGAUCCUUUUCUCUUCUUAAUAAUAGCCAUUAGAUCCAUCCAAUCAACGGACCACGUUAAUCCUAAUUAAUUAUUUCCGCGUUGCAUUAUAGCUCCUUUCGUUGUGCAUUAUGGGGGUAAUUUAGUAAAGUCCCUAAAUUGGAACCGCCUUUUGUUUUGGGAUGUGCGGAUGUCACGGGAUUUGCAAUCUUCCACUCUUCAGUUUUCUCCCAUUUACUCCAGCCGACUCCUCAACUCUCCCACUCCUUCCCCUCUCUCAACCCUACUUACAUCCGCCACAUUUCGAAUUCCACAGCCUCCGCCACCGAUUUGCGUCGAUUCCACUCCACCGCAGUUACCGCUGCCACAAAAUCGACCGGCGUUGUCGUGUUUGCACGCCAUAUUCAACAAAUCGAGCAGAUCAAAAAUGACAAAAAGAGGUCGUCCCCGCGCGCAAGCAUCGCAGGAAGCAGAGAAGCGGCUAAGAUCAGACAUUGACGAUGCAGUUGACGAGAAUUGUGGUUUGGAGUGAGUUUUGGUUCGGCUAUAGGGAGAUCUUGGUUAAUGGGUAAACUGAUAUUCGGAUAGAUGUUUCAAUUUAAAACUGUACUUUUUCGCAACUUAAUAAGUGCGUUUGGAUAUUAGCUAAUGAUUUAGAUUUGGGUAAAUUGUUCGUAUUCAGCAUUAUAGAUUGUGCAUUGUGUUUUAUAAUCUGUGCAUUACUCCUUUUUCGACUGUCAUUAUUUGCAAUGUAGUGUUCGUUACGAUAA